AAAAUGAAAUUGUAUUGUUUGUCUGGUCACCCUACAUUGCCUUGCAAUGUCCUAAAGUUUAAGUCCACCACCAUCAUGUUGGACUGUGGUCUGGACACCACCUCUGUCCUCAACUUCCUGCCCCUUCCUCUGGUGCACAGCCCUAGACUUUCUAAGCUCCCUGGAUGGAUCUCCAAAGAUGGAACAAUAAACUUAGAAAAGGAGCUGAAGGAUUGUGCUGGAAGAGUGUUUGUGGAUUCCCAGCCAGAGUUCUGUCUUCCUGAGAGAGAACUGCUGGAUCUGUCCACCAUUGAUGUCAUCCUUAUCUCCAACUACCACUGCAUGAUGGCGCUGCCUUACAUCACUGAACACACUGGCUUCACAGGGACGGUGUACGCCACGGAGCCCACCCUGCAGAUUGGAAGACUGCUGAUGGAGGAGCUGGUGAACUUCAUGGAGAGGGUUCCUAAAGCCCAGUCUGCCACCUGCUGGAAGAACAAGGAGAUACAGAGGCUGCUGCCGGGCUCGCUGAAGGACGCGCUGGACGUGUGCACGUGGAGACGAUGCUACAGUCUGCAGGAGGUCAACUCAGCCCUCAGCAGAGUGCAGCUUGUGGGUUAUUCUCAGAAAGUGGAGCUGUUUGGAGCCGUACAGGUCUCCCCGUUGAGCUCGGGUUACUCGUUGGGCAGCUCCAACUGGAUCAUCCAGUCGUAUCAUGAGAAGGUGUCCUACGUGUCCGGUUCGUCCCUCCUCACCACACACCCACAGCCGAUGGAUCAGAGCUCGCUGAAGAACAGCGAUGUUCUCAUCCUGACAGGCCUCACACAGAUCCCCACUGCUAACCCAGACGGCAUGCUGGGAGAGUUCUGCAGCAACCUGGCCAUGACGAUACGAGCAGGAGGCAACGUGUUGGUGCCGUGUUACUCCUCAGGGGUGAUCUACGACCUGCUGGAGUGUCUGUAUCAGUUCAUCGAGAGCGCCAGCCUGGGCACCACGCCCUUCUACUUCAUCUCACCUGUAGCCAACAGCUCGCUGGAGUUCUCUCAGAUCUUUGCAGAGUGGCUUUGUCAUAAUAAACAGACGAAGGUGUAUCUUCCUGAGCCUCCUUUCCCUCAUGCAGAGCUGAUCCAAACCAACAAGCUGAAGCACUACCCCAGCAUCCAUGGAGACUUCAGCUGUGAGUUCCGUCAGCCUUGCGUGGUUUUCACCGGCCACCCAUCUCUGCGCUUUGGGGACGUGGUUCACUUCAUGGAGCUGUGGGGAAAAUCCAGCCUCAACACAGUCAUCUUCACUGAACCAGACUUCUCCUACCUGGACGCCCUGGCUCCUUAUCAGCCGUUAGCAAUGAAGUGUGUUUAUUGUCCCAUUGACACACGACUCAACUUCCAUCAAGUGUCGAAGCUGCUGAAGGAAGUCCAGCCUCUCCAUGUGGUGUGUCCGGAACCAUACACCCAGCCUCCUGUGAGCCAGUCCCACCGCUCUGACCUGAUGCUGGAGCUGCAGCCUCCUCCCAUGCCCUACAGGCGCUGCUCCGUUCUCAACCUGCCCUUCAGGCGUCGCUUCGAGCGGGUCUACAUCCUGCCUGAGCUUGCAAACUCACUGGUGCCCAGUGAGGUUAAACCUGGCAUCUCCGUGGCAACCGUCUCCGCAGUGCUGCACUCGAAGGACAACAAGCACACCCUGCAGUCUGUGCCCAAACCCUCUCCUGCGCCUCCCAGUAAGAAGAGGAAACGGGUGGUGGAGGAGCCCCCAGUAGUUUUGGCCCCCAAACCCCUGUUGAGUGGAGCUGUGCCCCUGGAAGCAUUUCUGGCCACUCUGCAAAAACACGGCAUCACGGAGGUUAAGGUGGAGGAGACGGCAGAUGGACACAUCCUGCACCUGCAGGCCCAGGACACGCUGAUCCAGCUGGAAGAGGAUGGGACGCACAUCGUGUGCGAUAACAACGAGCCGCUGCGGACCACCCUCAGAGACCUGGUGCUCCGAUUCCUGCAGAAACUAUGAGCGCUUCGGAGCUGCAGUUCUACUCUUCAGCAGAAACAUG